AUGGGGUCACUGUCACCAUUCACCGAGAUCCCCGAUCUCACACCGUUGGAGCGUAUAGGCCCCAAGGGCUACCUCCGCUAUGUCUUCCCUUUCCAGCUCCCGGACGACUACGACCUCGACCAAGCAGCCGCCGUCCUGCGUGCCGGGUAUGAAGCUGCCCAACGGCGGAUCGUGGUGUUGGACUGCGAGGCCGUUCCGGACCCCGACGCAAGGCAAGCGGGCGUCUUGAAGCUCCAGAGGCUGCCCCUUGGGGAAGUAGAAGGGAUCGCGGUCAAGGACCUUCGCGCUCCCGGCGCGUUCCCGAUGACCUACUCGGAGCUCAAGUCCAAGGCGUUCCCCGUGUCUGCUUUCGACGCCGACACCAUCUGCCGCCGUUCCGUCUGGCCCUCUCCUGGGGAGAGGCUGCCCGUUUCUCUUCCCCAGGCCAACUUUGUCCAGGGGGGCAUGAUCCUGUCGUGGUGCAUCUUCCACAUGUUCGGCGACGGGCAGACGUUCCUUACCUGGACCAAGGUCUGGGCGGAAGAAUGUCGCCGGGCUCAGGGACUCGAUAUCACGGACCCGUUCAAGCUCGACGACGUCCUCCUGAGGGACCGCCAACGGCUCAUGAAGCCCACUGGCAAGAAUCCCGGACGGGCCCGAGACCACCCCGAGUACACCAUCCUCCCGUUCACUCCGCAGGGGAUGCCUCCCAACAUGCUGUCCGAGGACCAUCGCGGGCAAAUGUUCUACUUCUCGCCAGAGUCUCUCGCCAGGCUCAAGGCCGAGGCAUCCCCCACCAACGCGACAGAGCCGACGGAGCAGAAGUGGAUCUCGACCAACGACGCCCUGUCGGCGCUGCUGUGGCGCACUGUCAUGGCCGUCCAGUCGCCGCUCGAGACCCUCGAGGGCGACCCGGUCUCGGUCUUCAACAUCGCCAUCAACGGCCGUCUUCGUACGGAUCCGCCGGUCCACCCGGACACUAUGGGCUGCUUCCUCGGCUACGUCGCCGCCUCGGCGCCGAUCCGCAAGAUGCUCGGCCCCGCGAGCCUGGCGGACCUGGCGAUCCUGGUCCGCAGGGCUCUGGUCCGGGCCGACAGCCAGUUCGUCGACGACGUGGCGACGCUCAUCGACACGGUGGAGGACAUGAACCGGGUGCUCCCCACGGCGCUGCUCGACGUCCCGGGCAACAACUGCAUCCAGACUUCCUGGGUCAACUUCUCCCUUUACGACGUGCAAUGGGGACCCGUGCUCGGCGACAAGAUCCAGGCCGUGCGGGCCCCGCAUGUGGGAGUCAUCAACGGGCUGCAGGUCGUCAUGCCGAUAUUGCCAAACGGAGGAAUGGAGAUCAUGGUCGGUGUUGAGAAGAACUGCCUGGACAGGUUGCUGCAUGAACCGUUGUGGAUGAAGUUCGCAGAGGCUAGAUAA